UUUCACACCGUGCAGUUGUGUGACCGGACAGUGUGUUCCCCAGCUGAUCCAUCAAGGUAACGUUGUCUGCCCGAUUGUUCCCUAAACAAACCCGCGUUCCCUCUCCUUUUCCUCACACCUCGUCGCAGCUGAACUGAGCCAACCCGCCGUCUGCGUUCGAACAGAUCAUGAGCAAGGACUCCCAGAUGCGGGCUGCGAUCAACCAAAAGCUGAUCGAGAUGGGGGAGCGGGAGCGGUUGAAGGAGCUGCUCAGGGCCAAGCUGGUGGAGUGUGGGUGGAAGGACCAGCUGAAGGCACAAUGCAAAGAUGUGAUCAGAGAAAAGGGCCUGGAGCAUGUGACCGUGGAGGACCUGGUCACAGAAGUCACACCAAAAGGAAGAGCUCUGGUACCGGACAGUGUGAAGAAAGAGCUGCUGCAGAGAAUCCGAGCUUUUCUGGCUCAACACGCGACUUUGUGAAUGAGACGACGAAGAGACAUUUUUUUUGUACUCACUGUAAAUCCACAAGUCCGACUGUUUGUUGCCAUCGUGAGCAUUGCAGAGUUGUUGCUUUUAUUUUGUAUCGUGUGUUUUCAUAUUGAUUUAAGUUUGUUAUGCAGCAGUUUUGGGGGGGAAAUGCAAAUAAAGUCAUGCCUAUUUUGUUCA